AUGAUGCUGGACGAUCUCCACACGGCUACGACCGACCUCUUCCUCCUCCCCUGCCUCCUCUUCCUCGGCCUCUUCCUCCUCUUCCUCAGCCUCUUCCACCUCAUCUUCCUCCUCUUCCUCGUCCAUGUGUGGAAGCCCAUGAUGCUCUUCCUGGCUGAGAAGGGCCUGGCGACGAAGAAGAAGGUCGUCGCCUUGGAGGAGAAGCUUGCAGCGGACAAGGCUGAGGCGGCGAUGAGUCGCCGUCUCGUCCGCUCCGUGAGCGCCCCGGUGCUCCCGUACGAGCUGUCGUCGUGCAAGCCCGUGGCCGCGGUCGCUCAGAAUGGCUACCUCGCUCGCAAGGCUCCGACCAAGACUGCGUAG